AUGAAUCCCAAACUCCCGAUUCGCCUCGGUGAUGAAGGUCCUGAUGAGCCCCGACCCGCCGAGCCCUGGGUGAUCUGCCAGAAAGUCCACCGAACGUCUUACCGAUCUGCAAGAGGAGACGACUGGCAGCGGCUCGUUUGUUGCCGAGCCGGUUCCGACCCGGAUGAGAGCUCAGGAUUUUACUGCAUUCAGUUUGAGACAAAGCUGGAUGUUGAUCUCAUCGCUGGCGCUGCCAGCAGCGUCCAGGAGAAACUCUGGGUCCGCUUUGACUCGGACGCCUUCCGGCCGGACAGGAUCCACUUCGACACUUUGAGCGCCGCCCUGAGGAACUCCUGUGGCGGUGCAGCACUGAUAUGGUGUGACUGUGGUCUCCAGCCAAUCCAACAUGGCCGACAGGAAGUGGAGAUGUUUGAUGAAGCUCAGGUCCAGAUCCGGUUCCUGUAUGAGGUCCAGAUCCGGUUCCUCCAGCAGGUCCAGAUCCGGUUCCUGCAGCAGGUCCAGAUCCGGUUCCUGUAUCAGGUCCAGAUCCGGUUCCUGCAGCAGGUCCAGAUCCUGUCCCUGUAUCAGGUCCAGAUCCGCUCCCUGCAGCAGGUCCAGAUCCGGUUCCUGUAUGAGGUCCAGAUCCGGUUCCUGUAUCAGGUCCAGAUCCGGUUCCUGCAGCAGGUCCAGAUCCUGUCCCUGUAUCAGGUCCAGAUCCGGUCCCUGCAGCAGGUCCAGAUCCGCUCCCUGCAGCAGGUCCAGAUCCGGUCCCUGUAUCAGGUCCAGAUUCGGUCCCUGCAGCAGGUCCAGAUCCGGUUCCUGCAGCAGGUCCAGAUCCGCUCCCUGCAGCAGGUCCAGAUCCGGUUCCUGCAGCAGGUCCAGAUCCGGUCCCUGCAGCAGGUCCAGAUCCGGUCCCUGCAGCAGGUCCAGAUCCGGUCCCUGCAGCAGGUCCAGAUCCGGUCCCUGCAGCAGGUCCAGAUCAGAUUCCUGCAGCAGGUCCAGAUCCGGUUCCUGCAGCAGGUCCAGAUCCGGUCCCUGCAUCAGGUCCAGAUCCGGGUCAGUUUGAGUCCGACUGCCAGGUUUAAGGCCCACCUGCUUCAUCUGGAGGUUGGACAUCAAAGGUUGGUUUUGUGUUCUGAUAUUUGGUGGAUCCUGUUUGAGGAACGUUUAUCAGCUGUGGUGAGGAAUCCUGUAGUUUUUUAUGAUUCUUCACAAAGUUGCUGCUGUAACAACAGGACUGGCGGCUGGUCAGUGACUGGAUGUGUCUCUGUCCCGCUGGAUGAACGGUGUGUGAAGACAAACUGAAAACGUGUGAAUGAAAGUCGACUGUUUGGCUUCGAAUGACGUUUGAAAACCGACUGAGAAACAGAAAAAAUCACAGAAGUUUUGGGCAGAAAGACAAACAAAGCAAAGCUAAUCUAAAAUCUGCCAAUGGGAUCAAGCUGGAGGAAAUGCCACUGAAUGGACCAGGUGUACCUUCUAUGGAAAAGAAAUCAGAACACAAAACUGAGCAACACAAAAUCUUACCAAGUUUCCGAUCUAGUUUCUACUGCAAAUGUCUUAGUAUAAUUGAAAUAAUUGAACAUUAAUAAAAUAAUGUUCAACCAGAGAUAAUUUCAGCUCCAAACAUUUUCUGCCAGUUGAACCAGAACCAUCAACAUGAAGGAAUUAUUGACUUAACAAGCUGGUAUUUAUGGCUGAAACGUUACUUAUGGAUCAGUUUUAUCUUAUUUCAGGUGUGUUAAGAUUCUGCCCUAGAAACUAGAUGUAGUUUUUGCAGUGUAAGCUGUGGAUACUUUCUGUUUAAGAGACGAGCAGAGAAAGUUCAGAGAAGCUGAGUGCAGCUCAGCUGAACGGUGAAGUCAGGAGAAUUUCUGCAUGAAAUCCAAACCAAACGUUAAAACAUGUCAUUGAACCUGAAGCUGCUCUGACUCAGGCAGUCAGUUCAGCUUCUAGCUGUUCUAUGUCUAUGUAAACAGGUCAGUCUAGAGCUGAACUCUCCAGUUUCAGCGUUUUUCCAGAAGAAUCCUCUGCUGUUGUGCCUUAUCUGACUCACUUGGCAGCAAAAUGCACAACCUGAAGCUGGUUUCAGUGAAUCUGGACCUGGAUUCAGGAUUCAGGUUCAGUCUGAGCACAAACCCAACCAGCCAGCUGUGGGCGAGGCCAGGUGGCGCUGUGGAGCCCAUGUUUGGGUCAGAGGGGCUCUGGGAAUCUGCUCCUUCCUUCCCUGUUUAAACCAAAAGCUGCUUCUUCACCUCUGACAUCCAAACUCGGAGAAAAUGCACAGAAAACGUGAUUUCUUCUUCAUUCUUACUGUCGUUCUAUUUAUUGUGUAAUAGAUGCAAUACGAGCGUUGUGUCACCGCGGUGAGUGAUGCUGUAUGUUCUUCACACAGGACAUUAAUACAAUAAUAACGAUGAUGUUUUGAAGUUAUUGUGGAUUUUUCCAGGCAUCUUCUCACUGCUUCAACCAUGUCGCUCCGUUUACACCGCAGCUGGUUUCAGGCGGCUGUCGACCCGUUUUUACUCCGUUUCCAUAUCAGUCCUGCAGAAACCUCAUAUCUCACAGAGCCGCCUGGACAACCGGUCCGGACACCUGGACGCCUUUCAUUCAGGACUAAACUUACAGGAAAUGUUCGGCAUCGUAGAUUAUUUAGAGCUAAAACAAGCUGAGAAAUGUCUAAAAUUAAAUCAGAACAGGAGACAAAAGUUUCCUGAAGCCAGUAGUUAGACAGCAGCAGAGUGAAACUUUAUAACUGGAGAAAAAAAUCAAAUUAAAAUGUAUUUUUUGGUCCCGAGUUAAAAACGAGUCUGAAGCUUUUCUUCUGCAGACAGCCGGUGAAACCUGGGUGUAAAGAGGGACAGCCGUGCCUCAGUGACCCCCUGCUGUUUUAGACGCACUAUACUACUAUAACAUGAAGAUAUAUAUAUAAAAUUAUAUACAUAUACUUUUUAGUACUUUGAGUUGAAAUACUUUUUAGUAUUUUGCAAAUAAAUGUGUCUGUAUAUAAAAGAAAAAGCCUCCUGUAAUAAAUGACAGUUUAAUAUUGAAUCAGAAGUUUGUUUGUUUGGUACCAGAACAUUUUAUUAGUAAUCAAGCCAAAGGUCCAGAGGCUCGUUUCCAGGACAUAAAGAUGCUGAUGAGACAUUAAUGAUUUUACUGGAGGUGCAGGAUGGAUGGUCUGGAGGACUGGACCCGGUCGGUUCUGUUCUGAUGAUCGGCCUGCAGCAGCUUGAACGUUUCAUACAACAUGACAGACUGAUGAACGCCGUCAGUUAAAACCUGCUGCAUCAUUGCAGGUUUUUAACCUUCACCUGGAAACAAACAGGUUGAACUGAACUUUGACCUCAGGAAUGCAGGUGAGCAUCGUCACAGAACAUCACUUUCACAAACAAUCCAACCAAAAUGAAUUUAUAAAAAUCAUCGUUUCAUUAAACCAAAUAUUUACAUGAAAUGAUAAAAAGUCUUUGUUCUGUUUAUACAUUCAUGUUCUGACAGAUGGACUCAAACUGGAGAAGAAAUUUAAACCAAUUUAUUUGAAUUUUAGCUGCUAGUUUAUCAUUAAAUGUCCGUAUGAAACCCAGUGGUUUGGUUCUGGUCAGAUUGAAGUGAACUUCAGCUCAUCUGCAACGUAAAGAGUAACAGUGACUGCCGUCUUAACCUGACGGGGUUCUGUGGGGGUGGCAAAGCACACCCCAUGUACCGAGGCCUCAGCCCUCAUGACAGGGGUCACAGGUUCGAUUCCCAGCCUGGUAACGUUUGCUGCAUGUCCUCCCCGUCUCUCAUUACCCUCCUUCCUGUCAAAUAAAG